AGAAACCUAACAACAGAACUGCGGUUUAAAUACGGGCGUGUCGUCUGUGUUUCGUGCACCGUCGAAGCAAAUUCCAAGACCUUCGAAAAGCUUGCGCCAAGCGAUGGGGCGACGACAAGCGUGGAUUCUGCUCGUGUGGGCUUUUGCCCUUGUAGCUACGUCUGCCAUGGCUGCAGCUGCAACUGUGGAACACACAUUCAAUGUGGAAAACGUGACGGUGAGUAAAUUUUGCGAGAAGCAUGUGAUCACGGCAGUGAACGGAACUCUGCCAGGCCCGAUGAUUCGAGUCACGGAGGGCGACACCCUCGUUGUUCAUGUCCUCAACAAUUCCCCAUACAACGUCACUAUUCACUGGCAUGGGAUAUUUCAACUAUUGAGCGGUUGGGCAGAUGGGCCGAGCUACAUUACGCAGUGCCCCAUACGUCCCGGACAUAGUUAUACCUAUAGAUUUACUAUCACUAAGCAGGAAGGCACGCUUUGGUGGCAUGCUCACUUCUCCUUGCUCCGCGCCACCGUCCAUGGUGCUCUCAUCAUCCUCCCCAAGUCGGGUCGCUACCCAUUUCCCACGCCUCACAAACAGUUUCCUAUCAUCUUAGGAGAGUGGUGGAACGGAAAUGUGAUCGAUAUGGAGACGCAGGCAGAAGCGCUCGGCGUGCCGACUAACAAUUCAGAUGCAUUCACCAUCAAUGGACGGCCCGGAGAUCUCUAUCCUUGCUCCAAAAAGCAUCCCUACAAGCUAAAGGUGGUGCAUGGAAAGACCUACAUGCUUCGCAUCAUCAAUGCUGCACUCAAUAGCCAACUUUUCUUCAAGAUAGCCAAUCACAAGUUCACUGUGGUCGCUGUCGACGCCUCAUACACUAAACCCUACAUCACCGACGUUGUCGUCCUCGCCCCAGGCCACACGGUCGAUGUGCUCCUCACCACAGACCAGACCCCGGGGGCCUACUACAUGGCGGCCCGCCCGUACGUUAGCGCCCAGAAUGCUCCACCGCCAGACAACACCACCACGACCGGGAUCCUCAUGUAUGACAAGCUGCCCUACACGAGCCCGAUCAUGCCUCUCUUGCCGGCCCUCAACGACACCCCCACGGCCCACAAGUUCUACUCCUCCUUGACCAGCCUCGUGGGCAGCCCGAGUUGGAUUCCGGUGCCGACCAAGCUGGACGAGCAGAUGCUCGUGACCAUCGGAUUGAGCGUCUCCCCGUGCGGACCCAACGCCACUUGCAGGGCCGUCCCCAACGUCCCUACCCUCCGGUUGUCCGCAAACAUGAACAACGCGUCGUUCCAAUUCCCCAAGAGCCUGUCCCUCUUGCAAGCGCAUUUCUCCAACGUGAAAGGGAUCUACACCACCGAUUUCCCCGACCAGCCGCCGCUGAAAUUCGAUUACACGAACCCUGCCAACAGCAACAACUCGGCAUUGUUGUUCGCGCUCAAGAGCACGAGUGUGAAGCAAGUGAAGUACAACGCGACGGUCGAGAUCGUGUUCCAGGACACGACCGUCAUCGGCGCAGAGAACCACCCCAUGCACUUGCACGGCUUCAAUUUUCAUGUGGUGGGACAAGGGUUCGGGAAUUUCGACCCGGUCAAGGAUCCGAAAAAGUACAAUCUCUUCAACCCGGUGAUCCGUAACACGGUCGCCGUGCCUGUGGGAGGUUGGGCUGCCAUCAGAUUCCGAGCAAAUAAUCCGGGUGUAUGGAUAUUGCACUGCCACCUGGACGCCCACUUGCCGCUGGGGCUGGCGACGGCUUUUGUUGUCGAGAACGGGCCGACUCCAUCGUCGACGUUGCCUCCACCUCCUCCUGAUCUGCCUCAGUGUUAGGACCGAAAGUACUUGGGGCACGCUUUGUCUUUGUUUUUUUUUUUUUGGUGAAGUGGAGCACGCUUUGUCUAUUUGUUAUGUAUUGAGUUUAAUUUUUCCAUUC